CUUUCUCACCACAAACUCCGAACCGCCCUUAUUAAUUCCCGGGUCACCUCCAUUCGAGACGUCAUCCUCCACGUCUUCUCCGUCCCCCGUUCCCAUUGAUUACCCCACACCCUUUCUGACACCACAGAGCGAAAUCAGGAUAAAGAAGAAGGUGGACCGGUCCGUAGCGUUCGAGGAUUCGAAUUUUGAGUUUGUUCAGCGGCCAUGCAAGCGACCCGCGAUCCACCGCCUUCCGCGACCGAGCGCGCGGAAAUCCAAGGUAAAGCGAGCGAAGACUCGGCAGUGAAGGUCGGGACCACCGUGUCUCGCCGCGGGGACGACGACCCAGAAGCUGAGAACAUGGCAAAGCCGCUGCUUUCGGGACAGGAAGCUGCGGAAGAGGAGGAGGAGCGAGAACGAGAAGAGGACGGCGGUGCUGAUGACGACGUUGGCGGCGGUGAAGACGAGGAGUUCGAGUUCACGUUCGCCUGCACGAACCCGGACGGCUCGCCGGUCGCUGCCGACGCCGUCUUCGAGAACGGCAAGAUCCGGCCGUUUUACCCGCUCUUCGACCGGAAGCUCCUGUUCGCUGACGACGACUGCGACGGGGGCUCGUCGCCUCCGCUGCGGUCGCCUCUGAGGAAGCUCUUCGUGGGCGGGCUCGGCUCGGCGUCGACGUCGUCCUCGAGCAGCGAAGAGGGCGACGAGCUGGCGGGAGUGCCGGACGGGACGUACUGCGUCUGGCGAGGGAAAACCGGGGAGGAGGCGUCGGCGGAGGGCUGCCGGAAGAGCAACUCGACGGGGUUCUCGAAGCUGUGGCGGUUCAAGGAGCUGGCCCGCCGGAGCAGCAGCGACGGGAAGGACGCGUUCGUGUUUCUGAACCCCAAGAGGAGAGGGAAGGAGGAGGGCGAGAAGGAGGGAGGGAAGGCGGCGACCACCUCGAAGGGAGGGAAGAAGGGCCAGACCGCGGCGACGGCGGCGACGACGACGACGACUACGGCGGGGGAGGCGCACGAGAAGCAUUACGUGAAGACGAGGGCGCAGAGGGAAGGGGAGAAAAGGAAAUCCUACCUGCCGUACAAGCAGGUCGGAUUCUUCACUAACGUCAAUGGGUUGAGCCGGAAUGUUCAUCCUUUCUAGUCUUUUUUUCUCAACCUUUUGUCAAAGGCCUUUUUUCACUGAUUAGAUAUGUUGAUUCAUGUGAAUCUGUAAAUAUUGCCAGGCUGAGGAGUUUGGGAUUUAGAUAUAAUGAG